AUGGAUAAAAGAUGGAGUCUUCAAGGUAUGACUGCUCUUGUAACUGGUGGAGGCAGCGGAAUCGGGCAUGCCAUAGUAGAGGAGCUAGCCGGUUUUGGAGCUAUAAUCCAUGUAUGCGACAAGUCUGAAACACUGCUCAAUCAAAGUCUAACCGAAUGGGAAAAGAAAGGGUUUCAAGUGAGUGGUUCGAUCUGUGAUGUAUCCUCUCGUCCCGAGAGAGAAAAACUUAUGCGAAACGUCUCAACAAUGUUCAAUGGCAAGCUUAACAUUCUUGUGAACAACGCUGGUGGACUUCGCACUAAGCCAACAAUAGAAUACGGAGCAGACGAUUUCUCGUUCCAUAUUUCAACAAACAUAGAAUCUGCUUAUCAUCUUAGCCAGCUUUCACAUCCACUCCUAAAGGCUUCUGGAGUUGGUAACAUCAUUUUUAUUUCCUCUGUUGGAGGAGUUGUAUCAAUGGACUGUGGAUCUAUCUAUGGUUUAACCAAAGGUACAUAG